AUGGUAAUUACACUUUUUUACAACAGGAAACCCAAAGGCCUGAAUGGAGCUCUUCAGGAUCUUGGAAUACAGUUUUCGGGCAGAGAACAUUCUGGUUUAGAUGAUGCCCGAAACACAGCUCAGCUGGCAGCAAGAAUGAUGAGGGAUGGGUGCAUAAUGAAGAUUACUAGGAGCCUGGAGAAAGCAAUGCUAGGAUCCACGGAGAAAGAGGAGGAUGCGGAGCUUUUAGCGGAAACUGAGAGGUGUGGCUCAUAUGACGACGUGGUGUUGGAGGAUGAUGUUAAUGAAGCAAAUGAUGAAUGUGAUGCAGAGUACAUAUCUGAGUUUGAUAGUGGAUCUUAUGAUUGGCCUAAUCCUUUUGUCCCAGAAAAAACCUCCAUCCCCAAUACGUCCUUUGCCCGGCCCAAACAUAAAGACACUCUGAGGUCCUCCUUUAUCAUCUACACCGAGCCAGCCAAACAAGCUACAGCUCCCUUGCGUCCUUCCUCACACAGCAGUGUCCUCUCCUCUUUGUCAACCAACGCUCUCUCCUCUCGUGCCGACCGUUCCAUCAUUUCUGUGAGAGGAGCUCAGAAGAUCACUUCUCCACUGUGCACGUGCGGCCGUCGUGCAAAGCGACAGGUCGUGUCAAACGGCGGUCCAAACCACGGUCGAGGGUUUUAUUGCUGCCCAGUCCGCCGAUCAGGCAGCGGAGGACGGAUGGAGAAAGGGUGCGAGUUUUUUAAGUGGGAGUCGGCCGUGAUGAAGAGUGCAUCAGCGGCCGCUCCUGCUGUCGGAUCCUCUGUUUCACUCUGUCAGCUCAACUCCACUGUCUCCCAUCGUCCAGCCCACACGCCACUGCUAAGGAAAAGCUACUGA